AAUGUGGUGCAUGGUGAAGAAGGUGUGAUCCUGCUGGUGUGCACUGCCCGGGCUCUCUUGAGUCGGGGCCAGAAGCUGUCAUCUCGCCCCUCCUGAGACAUCUUUGCUCCAGGACCCAGGUGAUCCUCAGGUGACAAGGUGACGAGUUCUCACGUCCCAUUCCAGAUUUGAACAGCACGAUGGGGUGCAAAGUUCUGCUCAACAUUGGCCAUCAGAUACUGCGGCGGAAGGUUGUGGAUUGCAGCCGGGAGGAGAGCCAGCUAUCUCGCUGCUUGAACACUUUUGACCUGGUGGCGCUGGGGGUGGGCAGCACGCUGGGUGCCGGCGUGUAUGUCCUGGCUGGAGCUGUGGCCCGUGAGAAUGCCGGCCCUGCCAUUGUCAUCUCCUUCCUGAUCGCAGCGCUGGCCUCGGUGCUGGCUGGCCUCUGCUACGGCGAGUUUGGUGCUCGGGUCCCCAAGACAGGCUCGGCCUACCUCUACAGCUAUGUCACUGUUGGGGAGCUCUGGGCCUUCAUCACUGGUUGGAACUUAAUCCUCUCCUAUAUCAUUGGUACUUCAAGUGUAGCAAGAGCCUGGAGUGCGACAUUUGAUGAGCUGAUUGGCAAACCCAUUGCGGAGUUCUCGCGGACGCACAUGGCUCUGAAUGCCCCUGGAGUGCUGGCCGAAAACCCAGACAUAUUUGCUGUGAUCAUCAUUCUCAUCUUAACAGGACUUUUAACUCUCGGUGUGAAAGAAUCGGCCAUGGUCAACAAAAUAUUUACUUGUGUCAAUGUUCUGGUCUUGGGCUUCAUUAUGGUGUCAGGAUUUGUGAAAGGAUCAAUUAAAAACUGGCAACUCACAGAGGAGGAUUUCCAGAACUCAUCCAGUAAUCUCUGCUUGAACAAUGACACAAAACAAGGGAUAUUUGGUGUUGGUGGAUUCAUGCCUUUUGGAUUCUCCGGCGUCCUAUCAGGGGCAGCAACCUGCUUCUAUGCCUUCGUGGGCUUUGAUUGCAUCGCCACCACAGGUGAAGAAGUCAAGAACCCUCAGAAGGCGAUCCCUGUGGGGAUUGUUGCAUCUCUCCUGAUCUGCUUCAUUGCUUACUUUGGAGUGUCUGCUGCCCUCACACUCAUGAUGCCAUACUUCUGCCUGGACAAGAACAGCCCCCUGCCUGACGCCUUCAAGCACGUGGGCUGGGAAGGUGCCAAGUAUGCAGUGGCCGUCGGCUCCCUCUGUGCUCUUUCUACCAGUCUUUUAGGUUCCAUGUUUCCCAUGCCUCGAGUUAUCUAUGCCAUGGCUGAAGACGGACUGCUAUUUAAAUUUUUGGCCAAAAUCAACAAUAGGACCAAAACACCAAUAAUCGCCACGUUGACCUCAGGUGCCAUUGCUGCUGUGAUGGCCUUUCUCUUUGACCUGAAAGACUUGGUGGACCUCAUGUCGAUUGGCACUCUUCUGGCUUACUCUCUGGUGGCUACCUGUGUGCUGGUCUUACGAUAUCAGCCAGAGCAACCUAACAUGGUAUACCAGAUGGCUAGAACUACCGAUGAGCUCGAUCAAGUGGACCAGAAUGAAUUGGUGAGCACCAGUGAUUCCCAGACAGGCUUUUUACCAGAAGCAGAACGGUUUUCUUUGAAAACCAUACUCUCACCCAAAAAUAUGGAGCCUUCCAAAUUCUCCGGGCUGAUUGUGAACAUUUCAACCAGCCUCAUAGCAAUUCUUAUCAUCACCUUCUGCAUUUUGGCUGUGCUUGGAAAGGAGGCUCUGAUAAAAGGGGAGUUGUGGGCAAUCUUUGUGCUUACCAUAUCUGCACUUCUCUGCUUCCUGGUCACAGUCAUCAUCUGGAGGCAGCCUGAGAGCAAGACCAAGCUUUCGUUUAAGGUGCCCUUCUUGCCUCUACUUCCCGUCCUAAGUAUCUUUGUGAACGUCUAUCUCAUGAUGCAGCUGGACAAAGGCACGUGGGUCCGGUUUGCAGUGUGGAUGCUGAUAGGCUUCAUCAUCUACUUUGGCUAUGGUUUGUGGCACAGUGAGGAGGCGUCCCUGGCCACUGACCAAGCAAGGACUCCUGAUGGCAAUUUGGACCAUUGCAAGUGACACGCAGCCCUACUCCCAGGGGUGGCAGCAGCCCGAGGGAUGCCCGCAGAGGUCCUGGGAGCACCUCGCUCCCCCCACCAGUGCAUCAGGACCCACCCACAUCUACAGAGCCCCAAUGCAGCAGAAGGUGCAGCUACUUGAAAUGCAGCCUCGGCCCACAACCCGUGUGUCCUGCCUAGACUUGCUCCACGUCAGGUGCACCACAUCCCAGUCACCUCUGACAGCUCCCUGGUGGGGGCCACUUGGCUGCAGCUGGCCACUGUGGCUCCUGACAUCCCUCUGAACAAAGCAAGCGGCUCCCGUCCUCACCAGCUCCGUGCCUGUGCUGCUGUGUCCUCAGGCAGAAUGGAGGUCACCUUCUCUUGUUACUUUGAAAAGCCAGGCCUCCCUCCCCAGGGACCAUUCUGGUAUUAAAAACAUCCAAACUCCAGACUUUCAGUAGCCAUCUCCCCACUCAGCCCCAGAGGCCAACCGUAGAUGCAAGACAAGU